AUGCCGGGUGGGCGCGCCGUCCGCGUGCUGAACGUGGCGGAGAAGCCGUCCGUCGCGCGCGCCGUGGCGGAGAUCCUCGCGCGGUACGGCGGCGGCGGAGUGAGGUCGCGCGAGGGGCGGUCCGUGUACAACCGCAUCUUCGAAUUCACCUACACAAUGAACAACCAGCCGUGCGACAUGGCGAUGACGUCAGUGACGGGGCAUCUGAUGGAGAUGGACUUUCAGGACCCCUUCAGGAAGUGGCACGCCUGCGACCCCCUGCAGCUCUUUGACGCCCCUGUAUACAAGGCCAUACCACAGGACAAGGUGGCACUGGAGGUGACGUUGAGGGAGGAGGCGAGGCGUAGCGAGGAGCUGGUGUUGUGGCUGGACUGUGACCGGGAGGGCGAGAACAUCGCCUAUGAGGUCAUGCAGGUGUGCCUGGCUGCUAAUUCGCGCCUGGCUGUCUUCCGAGCCCACUUCUCAGCCCUUGUUGACAGAGACAUCCAUCAUGCGGCUCAGAACUUAGGCCGCCCGAACUCCAACUUCGCAGACGCUGUUGACGCUCGGCAGGAGAUAGAUCUGCGCAUCGGGGCGUCCUUCACGCGCUUCCAGACCAUGCUGCUGCACAACCGCUUCGACCUGCCCUCGCCCUCCGCCGACCGCAAGCCCGUCAUCAGCUAUGGACCCUGCCAGUUCCCCACGCUGGGCUUCGUGGUGGAGCGCUAUUGGGACAUACUGGCACACGUGGAGGAGCCUUUCUGGGCCAUCCACUGCCGACACGUGCAGCACUCGCCGCCCCCCGCCACCUCCGCUGAAUUCUCCUGGCAGAGGGGCCGUCUGUUCGACCACCUCAUUGCUGCCACGCUCUUUGAAAUGUGCCUCGAUAACCCUGUUGCCACUGUGAUGGAAGUGGCAGGCAGUGAGCGGCGCAAGUUCCCGCCCUUCCCGCUCAACACAGUGGAACUGCAGAAGCGAGCCUCGAGGUUCCUGCGCAUGGCAUCAGAGCACACCAUGAAGAUAGCAGAGGAGCUGUACCAGCAGGGCUUCAUGAGCUACCCUCGCACUGAGACUGACAGCUUCCCUCCAUCCAUGGACCUUCAGGCCCUGGUAUCAGAGCAGGCCAGCAACAGCGCAUGGGGAGACUACGCGCAGCGGUUGCUGGACCCAGCAGCCAAUCUGUGGAGGACACCUGGCAGCGGCGGGCACGAUGACAAGGCGCAUCCCCCCAUCCACCCCACCAGGGCGUCGCCACAUGGCGAGCCCAACUGGAGUCCGGAUCACAAGCACCUGUACGAGCUCGUGGUGAGGCACUUCCUGGCGACGGUAUCGCAGCCAGCAGUGGGUUUUGAGACGAUCGUGACCGUUGAUAUCGCGGGGGAGGCGUUCAGUGCACGCGGGCUCAUGAUCACAGCGCGCAACUACCUGGACGUCUACCGCUACGACUCCUGGGGCGCACACACGCUGCCGGCCUUCCAGACCGGCCAGCAGUUCACCCCCACGGACCUCGAGCUCAGGUCCGGACGCACCGAGCCUCCGCCGCUGCUCUCCGAAGCUGACCUGCUGGGGCUGAUGGACAAGGCGGGCAUCGGAACGGACGCCACGAUGCACGACCACAUCAAGAAGCUGCUGGACCGCUGCUACGCCACCAAGGACGCCAACAUCCGCCUCAAGCCCACGCCUCUUGGCGAGGCACUAGUACUGGGGUAUGACAACAUGGGGUACGAGCUGUGGAAGCCGCACCUGAGAGCACUGAUGGAGAGGGACAUGCGGCUGGUCAGUGAGGGGCGCAAGAGCAAGGCGCAGGUGCUGGCCGACACGCUCCGAGCCACCAAGGCUGCUUUCAUGGACGCGAGGGAGCAGCAGCAGAAGCUGAUUGAUGCGCUGGCUCUCUUCUUUGAGAG